UUACGGUCGCAUUCUGUUUUCGGUAACUGAAACUACAGCCCAAGCGAAACGACUCAAAAAUAACACAACAGCGAAGUCCAAACGAACGAGGCGAGUUAAAACAAUGUCCUCUCUAGCCAGUAAAUCUGCGCAGGAGAUUAGCGAUCUGCUGGAUGAGUAUGGGAUAAAGCACGGACCCGUGGUCGACUCCACCAGAAGUCUGUACGAGAAGAGGCUGAAAGAGGCCAUGGCCAAAGGGAGAAGAGAAAACUAUCAAACAUCACCUGACAAGACCUACUACCGAGAAGAGGUGGAGGAUGUCACCUACGUUUACAGGACACCAGGCAGAAGUGACGGUGCAGGAGACAGUGGGGAUUACAUGGGCUCGAGACCAGGGUUGGUCGAGAGGGAAGUUGAACAUGAGAUGCCCUACUCAACCUACUCAAGGUCAAGGCCUCAAUACAGAGGAAGGGAUUUUAGUGAUGAGCCCUACAUGUAUGACACCCUAACCACUCACAGAAACACCUAUUUGAAAUCGACGCCCAUGAAAUCUAACCAAGAUGCUCCAAAGGCACCAAAGUCGUCUCGCCUUAUCCCACUGUGGGUUCAGUUGGUGUUCUUCCUGGCUGUGGCAGUCUUCCUCUACUUAGUUUUUUCCAGUAUGGAGACAAAUGAAUCCCUCAAAGAAAUACAAUGAUUUGCUCUUGUAUUCAUGCCCCUUGUACAGGGCUUUUAUACUUCAUUAUGCAUUUUAAUUGAAAGAAGGUGUUUUGGUUAAUGCCUUUAUUUUAGACAAGGCUGAAAUUGUGGUUUAUGCGUUGUGUGCGUUAUAAUUGAAGUUUGCGUGCUUAUGCUUAUGGGUAAAAUACAUGAUCGUCGCCAAGCUUUGGUACAGUAGCACUACAAGAAUAGAUGCAGAUGCCACUUUAAAAAGUCAAAAUCCUUCCUCCUAGGAAGCAGCUGUCUAUCUGUCCAGAUAGAUUCAGUGUCAUCUGUUGAAAUAUGUCGAUCAUCAUCCACAGCUCGCCCCAGCACAGUGCCAUCACUGGUAUUUGGUCUGCAGUGCUAAUGGUACCCAGAAAUUAUAUUUUAAAAACUGAACUCACUCCAGAUACUAUGCCAUUUUUGCACAUUAAAUACCCACAAAUCUUGAUGUGAGCAAUUCCAUGUCUCAUAUUUAGAAAGAGACUUUAUAAUUUUGAAUGUGAGAUUUUUUUUUGGCGCAUUGAGCAUUAAAAACUGCAAAAAAUAAAUAACUAAAUAAAUGGAGCCAGUCAACUCCACUGUGUUGUGGUGACCUUCAGCCAAUUAUAUCUACUCCAAGCCUCAGCAAUUUAGUGAAUUUAUCUGCAUAGGAAGAUCACACAAUUUUUUUACCUGUAUACAAUUUAUGAAAGGCAAAUAUCCAAUAAUUUAACUAAACAGAAAUCUCUCAUUCGACUUUAAGGGAUGAUCGUGCAAAUUUCAGAUGCUACCAAAAGAAUUUGGGAUUUCACCAGGUUUUCACCAGUUUGUUUGUUUUUCAUGAUAUGGACAUAGGAAAAAAAAAGAAAAAAAAACACCUGAACUUGUGUCACAGUGUGUAUUAUCAAACUGUAGUUUAGCAUCAAAGGCACUGGGACAGAUCUUUUUAGUAUACCAAAAUGUUCCUUUUUUCAUUGUUCUAGUGUUUGGUCAUAAGGGUGUUUAAUAGUAAAUGAUUAUGUGUGUAUAUUAUUAAUAUAAAUAUUGACCAAGUCCUGGUGGUUUAUAUAGUCUUGGGGUACUAAAAUGCUUCCUGUUACCAGUUUUUCAGAAAUAUUCAUAUUGCCGUACAGUUCGGACAGUGUUUAGACCAGCUAUGACACAAGUGCCUGAACAGUUUCAUAGGAAUAAUUUGGAUAUAACUUCAUGUUUUUUUUGUGUUUAAUUAAGUGGGGAAAAGUUUUAUCUUGGGUAAAAAUAUGAAGCUGUACUGUUUAUACAAGCUGUAAUGUCAUGUUUAUGCUUUGUUUCACUAGCAUUAAUUCAGAGACACCACACUUUUGUACUAUACAGUCCAACCUUUACAUCCUAUAGAGUUUGAUGAUAUGAUUGGUUUUGUACUUCUGUUUCAUAAUUCAAAAUAUAAAAGAGCUUGUAUAAGUAAAGAAGUGUAAAGUCGUUUAUUCAGGGACAAAAAACAAAAUUUAAUAAUUGAGGUUAUAAAAAUAAAGUAUAUUAUGCAUUUUUG